UUAAUCACGUGACAGGUCGCCAUAUUUGCCGGCAGCGCAUCGAUAUUGAGUGUGUUGUUUACUUUUAGUGAAUAGCAGAAAGAAUACUUAUUUGGUUGGUUAAUAUCCACUAAUUUGCAAAAUGGCGAGCAGGCAAAGUCGAAAGUCUAUUACAACGACAUCAGUGUCACAGUCUACGUCGGCAGAAACUCCGACAACGUCUGGGACAUCACCUGGGCGUCGGGCGAGAUCGCCAUCCCCCGCGCGCAUCACUCGGAUGCAAGAGAAAGAACAGCUGCAGAAUCUCAAUGACCGUUUGGCGGCGUAUAUCGAUAAGGUUCGCUUUUUGGAGUCCGAAAACAGCAGGUUACAAGUGCAAGUAAGGUCCACCGAAGAAACCGUUACCCGCGAAGUUACGAACAUUAAAACCCUGUAUGAAUCUGAACUCAGUGAGGCGAGAAGACAUCUCGAUGAUACUGCAAGAGAAAAGGCGAAGUUGCAGUUAGAUGCUAACAAAUAUAAGACUGAAGCUGAUGAUUGGCAGUCAAAAUACCUCAAGAGGGACCGUGAUGCCAAAGCAGCAGAGAAGAAGAACCUGGAGCUGAGCAAUGAGGUUGGAGAGCUCACCGCGAAACUCAAUGACGCUGACAACAACCGUAAACAUGCCGAGGCUGAAGCUGUUCGUCUACGCCAGGAGGUUACCCUCCUUGAACGUCAGCUGGCCCAGCUGAGGAAGCAGCUGGAGGAGGAGACCCUGCUCCGUGUGGACCUCGAGAACCGCAUACAGACCCUCAAGGAGGAGCUGGCCUUCAAGUCACAGAUACAUGAACAGGAACUGAAUGAGACCCGCACAAGGACUGUGACCACAAUAGACGAGAUGGACUCUGGCCUGCGCCAUGACUAUGAGAGCAAACUGCAGGAGGCUUUACAGCAGACCCGGGCUGAGUAUGAGGAACAGAUCCGCAUAGUCAGGGAGGAGGUGGAGGAGCUCUAUGACAGAAAGGUGAACGACCUGCAAGGUGCCCUGGACCGCAGCAUGACAGUUGGAAACUCGUCCCGCGAGGAAUACCUGCUGACAAAACGACGUGUUGAUGAACUGGCGUCUGAAGUAACCAAACUUCGGGCUCAGAAUGCGACAUACGAGGCUCGGAUCCGUGACCUGGAGAACCAGCUGCAGUCUGAGUCUGACAUGUUUGAGCAGCGUCUCCUGCAGAGGGACACAGAGAUCCAGGGCCUGCGCGAGGCACUGUCUGACCAGACCCAGGAGUACGCGGACCUGCUAGACGUGAAACUAAGGCUUGACAGUGAGAUAGAAGCCUACAGGAAACUGCUGGAGAGUGAGGAAGAAAGGUUGAACCUGUCUGCUACCUCAGAAGAAACCCCAAAGAAGGGGCGAGGCACAAAACGCAAGCGUGUUACAUAUGACCUGGGUGAGGAGAAGUCAGCAGGGUAUGACUUUGCAUCUGAAGCUCACUCUGAGGGCGCGAUAGAGAUACAUGACACUGACCAUGAAGGAAAGUUCAUCAAACUGUUUAAUACUGGGGAGGAGGACAUUGUUUUGGGUGGCUGGACAUUGAAACACACAGCUGGUGAAAAUGAAACCUUGUACAAGUUCCACAGGAAUCUCAAACUGGCUGCCGGACAAUUUGUCACGGUGUGGAGCUCGAAUGCAGGUCAGACCCACAACCCUCCAUCAGACCUGGUCAUGAAGGGACAGCAGUGGUUUGUGGCUGACGAAAUGAAGACAGUCUUAAUGCAUGAUGAGCAGCAAAUGGCCAGUCGAGAGUUGAAGAAGACCACAAAGCGCAUUGUCAGGACGUACAGAACAUCUCGAGAUGGGACAGAGGUUCAGGAUGGACAGCAGAGUUGUUCCAUCAUGUAACCUGAGAAGUCCCACCAGGCAGCUAGCUACUUUCAGUUCACAGACUGAUAUCUCAGAGUCAACACAUUUCUUUCAACAUUCAAACAUCAGGAGAUGUAUUGUAUGCAUUAAAACUGCAUAACUGAUUCUUAAUUGUCACAUUUAUAUUGUCAGUGUUGUCUUAUAUAGAAAAAAUAUAUAUUUAGUAAUUAGAACAUAAAUGUUGUGUAAACAUGGGUUGUCUCAUUUUGAAAGAAAUAUUGUUUUUAAUUAGUACUGUUUGUACAUGUAUGUUAAAGGCAUUUGAUGGUUUGUGAAUCUGUUUUUCUGCAGUUUUGUUUUAAUUGCAGUCAUCAUGUUGUGAGUCUGUAAACAUUUACACAAAAUACUUAAGGCAAUACUUAAAUGUAGUAAGUUUCAACACAGUUGACUAUUGGGCUGUUGUUUAGUUUGAGACACGAUGAACUCUGUGUAGAAGACAGAGAUGUAUUUUUCACGUAUGAAGGUACCAAGGUUUUUCCAAGGAUUUCAGUUGAAGGGUAGCAGAAAGUCAGCUGCAACAUCAUUUAUUGUCAUAACAUUUCCAGACAGUUACACAGUGUUCAGUACCUGAAUAUUAAUAUUAGAAAUGUUCAGGAUAAUGACUUAUAUAAUUCAAAACAGAAGUUUUUACAUUUAAAACUCAUCUAGUGUUCUAAUAAUAUAAUAAUAAUAACGGUAUUUUUAAUUGUAAACAUUUCUUUUUUUAUGGAAUUACCAUGAUGCACGUCAUUGAUUCAGGUUAACACAAUCCUCAGUGAUGCCAGUAUAAUCUCCAUCCUCUAUCAUCAUGUAUCUAGGGGUAAGCUUCAGCUCUGUAGAUUCCAGGCUAGCUUCGCUCCGUUAUUGACAGGGUUUUUAUGUCCCCCACUAUAGUAGUGGGGGACAUAUUGUUUUUGCCCUGUCUGUUGGUCUGUCUGUUGGUCUGUUGGUCUGUCUGUUUGCGCCAACUUUAACAUUUUGCAAUAACUUUUGCUAUAUUGAAGAUAGCAACUUCAUAUUUGGCAUGCAUGUGUAUCUCAUUAAGCUGCACAUUUUGAGUGGUGAAAGGUCAAGGUCAUCCUUCAAGGUCAGAGGUCAAAUAUAUGUGGCCAAAAUCGCUCAUUUUAUGAAUACUUUUGCAAUAUUGAAGAUAGCAACUUGAUAUUUGGCAUGCAUGUGUAUCUCAUGGAGCUGCACAUUUUGAGUGGUGAAAGGUCAAGGUCAAAGUCAUCCUUCAAGGUCAGAGGUCAAUUAUAUGUGGCCAAAAUCGCUCAUUUUAUGAAUACUUUUGCAAUAUUGAGAUAGCAACUUGAUAUUUGGCAUGCAUGUGCAUCUCAUGGAGCUGCUCAUUUUGAGUGGUGAAAGGUCAAGGUCAUCCUUCAAGGUCAGAGGUCAAAUAUAUGUGGCCCAAAUCGCUUAUUUUAUGAAUACUUUUGCAAUAUUGAAGAUAGCAACUUGAUAUUUGGCAUGCAUGUGUAUCUCAUGGAGCUGCACAUUUUGAGUGGUGAAAGGUCAAGGUCAAGGUCAUCCUUCACAAGGUCAAGGUCAUCCUACAAUGUCAAACAUCAUAUAGGGGGACAUUGUGUUUCACAAACACAUCUUGUUAACAUUGAUUUUGUUGCUUUGUAAUAUAGAACACUUUCAUUUGUAAGGCAUCAUGUGAAGAAGGCAUUAGUUUGAUUAUGUUGUUAUAAAUGUUUGAAGGGUAUCAUAACUUUAAAUAUGCUUUAGUUUUGGAGAGAAAAAAUCACCACUCUAAACAUAAUAGUGCUUUCUGUUGGUUACACACAAACUAUUACUUGCAAACAUUGGUAAGUUAUGAAUAAAAAAAUAUUUUCCUUUCCUUUGACUUCCCAACUGCAUAAUUGUCAUUUAGUCACUAAGCUCUACUAAUCACCAUGAAUAGGUAAAACAAGGAAUGAGUGCAGAACACAAACAAAAAAUGUUUGUGUCGUAGUUAAUCAAGUGAUACAUGAUCAAAGCUUGUUUCAUAAACUUUUCAACCCUGUUGAAAGUUCAUUGGUACUGGUUGUGAUUUUAGGACCAAGGGUGUAGCUCUGCUGGUCUUCAACCCACAUAACUUAUAUUGAAUCAUGUUACUGCUUGUGUAUGCCUGCGUCUGUUUUGAUUAACAUUUAACUGAAUUAGCCUGUAUGUGAAUUAUGUACACAUGUGUUUUCAAGGGCAGCAUAAUUUAUAUUUACUUUUAACAUGGCGUUUAAUUUCCUUUGAAACAUGUUUUUUUUCAUUUGUUGCUUCUGAUUCAAUUAGGUAUAGGUUAUUAGCAAGUUAUAAUGCACUAUUUAUAUUAUGUCAACUAUGAUGGUACACAUGGUGAUUGAAAUUGUUGUGUACAUCAUAAACUGAUUGAAACACCAAGUAAGCGAGCAAUUAUAUGAGAAUUCAUUCAUGCGUUCUUAAAAUGCUCAGCGAUGACUUGAUGUCGUCCCCAAAUAGCAAAAAAAGAUAUUUUACCUGUAACAGAUUUUAAUAUUUAGAAUCUCAUAUUUUUGAUGUGCCUGUUAACAGUGUAUACAUAUAUGCUUGUUGCAUGUAGGUCAUUGUAAACCUUUUAUACCUGAUGUAAUGAUUGUUUGUAGUUUUUGAUUAAAUCUUUUUUUUUUGUAGUACCUUUGUAGCACCACUUUUUAUGCCCCCGGAUCGAAAGUUCGGGGGUAUAUUGUUUUUGGCCUGUCUGUCUGUCAUUCAUUGUGUGUGUCCCAAAACUUUUAACCAUGGUUAAAGUUUUGUCAUAACUUUUUGAAUAUUGAAGAUAGCAACUUGAUAUUUGGCAUGCAUGUGUAUCUCAUGAAGCUGCACAUUUUGAGUGUUGAAAGGUCAAGGUCAUCCUUCAAGGUCAAAAGUCAAAAAAUACAAUCCAAGGGAAGUAAUAAGCUUUAAAAGGGAGAUAAUUUCUAAACCUGCCAAAUGAUAUAUUGAAAUUUGGCAUUGUGUUUUUCAGGUUGGACUAUAAAGACCUCGUGAAGAGGCCAGUAGGACCUGUCAAUAAACUCUGAUUUACAUACGGGCAUUGUGUUUCUGACAAACACAUCUCUUGUUUUUAAAGUAACAUGUUCAGAGAUUCACAUAAGAAAACAUUCAGUCUGAUGAUGUAAAAACGACAACAAAAACAUUUUAAAUCCUGGACUUCAGUUAAAUAUUCAUUAAAAAAAUAUGUUUUCAGAAUAUUAAUAUGAAACUAUAAUUACCUAACCUUGGGUUUGAUCUUGGCCUAAACAAUAAACCAAUUAAAAUCAAGAUUAAUGUGCCUAUGGCAUUUCAUAACUUUUUUGACAGAAUUUCAUAACUUAGACUGCAAAUUAAACUCUGUCUUGUAGUUUGUGGACCAGAAUUUACACAUAAUAGUCUUAUUAAUUCUAAACAAUUAUCUAGCUUUAGUAGUUGUAAUAAAGAAAUAAUUUAUGUUAAUUGUUUAGUCUGUAAGUGCAAUUAUAAAUGUUGAUACUAUAAGCUGUUACCUUUUUUGGUUAUUUUUUGUUUUAGUGUUAUUUGCAAUGUAAUUGUUUUAAUUCACUGCCUUUUCAGUGUCAUAUAAAGGUACGCAAGUGUACGCAAUGGUACUCCCUGUUAAUAAUUGUUGCUUUUUAUGGUUUACUAUCUUUAGUGCCUUAAAUUUUUUAACCAAAUAAUUAAACUAGGCAUUUUUGGAUCGUGAUAACUGUAAACUUAAAUUUACCUUAGAUAAAACAGUCUUAAUAUAUUUCAUAAUACAAAUCUUGACGGUUUUUAGCAGUUUUUUGCAUAGUAAUUUAAAGUAACUUUUACUUUCUCAACGUUUUUAUGACUAUUGUUAGCUUGUUAAUUAGUUACGUUUUGUAUGUUGAUGUAUUAUUUCUACUCUCAACUGAAGUCCUGCACUCUUAAUUCUACAAAUGUUAAAUUUCAUGAACAUCAUGGGAUCAUUUGUUAAUAAGAUGUGUUUUUUAAACGGUAUUGUUUUCCUCGUGUUAAUUUUUUUAUAUCUAAACAGACAUCAUGCCUGCAACCAUAAAUACCUCUUUAUUCUUUCAUGAGUGCAUCAUCAUUACAUUGGUAGCAGGGCAUAGGCUUGAAUGGAAAUAAUUCAUUUAAAUUAAAAUACCUCAAUAUGAAUAACUGGUUGAAACACUUUGUUUGGCUGUCAAAUAUCUUAAACUAAAGGUCAAUGUUUGCAUAUCGGUUUCAGAGAAGGGAAGUUGAUUGGUGUUAUAUUUUUUUCCCCUAGUUUUAUAUCCAUGUACAUGUAUCUUUUGUAUGGUUUUGUAUCAGCACAUUUUGGUGAAAGAAUUCAUGUAUUGCUUGUAUUCUUGCUUCCAUAAUAAAACAAUUUUAAUAA